AUGGCAAACUGGCUUGUGAAUGAAGCGCCAAAACUCAUCAUAUUACUGUUAUGGUUGGGAAUCAAUACUUUUCUUUUUGGCAACACUUUCUAUCAGUAUGAACAUGGGGAAGCUUAUAUUUAUACCCGUGCACUACUUGGAUCAGCGCUCGCUUGGUCAAGAGCAUCUGCAACGUGUCUCAACUUUAACUGCCUCCUGAUUCUGCUGCCCAUCAGUCGAAAUCUCAUUUCAUUCCUGAGAGGAUCGUGCAGUUGUUGUAGAAACAAUGUCCGAAGACAACUGGAUAGAAACAUCAGAUUUCAUCAAAUGAUCGCCUACAUGAUAAUCCUACAAGCAGGUAUUCAUAUAAUUGCUCAUCUGUUCAAUAUUGAGCAAUACCAUGAAGGCUAUUCACCUGCAGCCACAGGCUUACUGUCCAGACUUUCCAGCAUUGGGACAAACUCCAGUGAAAGUUACCUCAACCCCAUCAGAACAUAUGACACGAAUCCAACAAAAGAGCUGUUAAGUAGCACAGCGGGAGUGACUGGCAUCAUUAUUACUGUGACUCUCGUUUUGAUGGUGACCUCCUCUGCACAGAUUAUCAUGAAAUCAUUUUAUGAAGUAUUUUGGUUCGCUCAUCAUCUCUUCAUUAUCUUCUUUAUCGGUCUCAUCAUUCAUGGUUCCGGGCGUAUUGUUCGAGGGCAAACUUCUCAGAGUCUUCAGAAACACAAUGUUACAUACUGCAGGGAUCAUCAUGAAGAAUGGGGAGACAUCCCAGAAUGUCCUUUCCCUGAAUUCUUUGGAAAUGAACCAGUGAGCUGGAAAUGGGUUUUGUGCCCAAAUGUUCUCUAUAUUUGCGAAAGAUUGAUUCGUUUUGCCAGAUCCCUACAAGAGGUCGUGAUCAUAAAGGUAAUCGUACACCCCUCCAUGGUUCUUGAGCUUCAGAUGAAAAAACAAGGCUUUAAGAUGAAACCUGGUCAAUACAUCUUUCUGCAUUGUCCUUCAAUAUCUCACUUUGAAUGGCAUCCAUUUACACUAACCUCUGCACCUGAAGAGGACCAUUUUAGUAUCCACAUUAAAGUGCUGGGAGACUGGACAAGUGCUCUAUAUGAAGCCUGUGGUGCUAAUGUAAGAAGAUUUCAGCAACCAUGGAAAAUGCCAAGAGUUGCAGUCGAUGGGCCUUUUGGAACCGCCAGUAUCGAUGUGUUCUGUUAUGAAGUUAGUGUGCUGAUUGCUGCAGGAAUUGGAGUCACACCCUUUGCUUCUAUACUGAAAUCAAUUUGGUCCAAGCACAAUCACCCAACAAUGACAACUAAAAUAAAACGGGUCUAUUUCUACUGGAUUUGCCGGGACACUCAUUCAUUUGAGUGGUUUGCGGGAAUUUUGCAUUCCCUGGAAAUCCAAAUGAUGAAGAUGGGAAAUAAUCAGUUCCUAAGUUAUCAUAUCUUUCUCACAGGCUGGGACGAUUAUCAAGCUGCUCACAUUGCUUUGCAUUAUGAAGAGAAUAAAGAUGUUAUCACUGGGCUGCGGCAGAAGACUUUCUAUGGCAGACCAAACUGGAACAAGGAAUUCAAACGCAUAGCUGAGGAGAACCCUCGGUGCAGUGUUGGCGUGUUCUUCUGUGGACCCAAAGACCUCUCUAACACUCUACAUAAAAUGUGCAAUCACUACUCAUCUCCGAAACCACGAGGCGUUCACUUCUACUACAAUAAAGAGAAUAUCUAA